GCGCCACCUGGCGGCGGCGGAGGAGGAUGCCCCGGAGGGUCGCUACAUGCCCCACGCCUUGGGGCCCUGGUCACGCCCCGCAAUGUUGCCCCCGUGCUCCUAGGUACUCCAGCCUCCGCCCCCCUGGCAGCGGCCACGCCAAGUGCCCUCGUUCCCGUCCAGAUGCCCCAAUUCAAUGCCUGUCGGUCGCCUCUCAGGCCGGGCACCAUGGGACGCCCCCUAAUGCUUCGGGCCAACCACUUCGCGAUCAACAUCCCUGGCGGGUGUCUGCAACACUACGACGUCACCAUCACGCCCGACAACUGUCCACUCGGAGUCAAUCGGGAGGUAGUAGAGAUGAUGGUCCAGUCGUAUUCCGGGAUAUUUGGCAACCUGAAGCCGGUGUUUGACGGCCGCAAGACCAUGUACACGACCAUUUGCCUGCCCUUUGGCAAGGACCUCGUCGAGAUGCAGGUGACCCUUCCAGGCAGGGACCGUGUGUUCCUGGUCGCCAUCAAGUGGGUCACAUAUGUCAGCUUUAGCGCACUCAAGGAAGCGCUUACCUACCACACUCGCGACGUCCCCAUGGACGCUGUCCAGGCACUCGAUGUGAUCUUCAGGCAACUGCCUUCCAUGAUGUACACGCCCGUGGGCCGGUCCUUCUUUUCUCCGGAAGGCUACAUCGCGGCACCGUUGGGCGAAGGACGAGAGGCGUGGCAUGGAUACCACCAGAGCGUGGAGCUGUCCAAGGGGAAGCCGACGCUAAACGUCGAUGUGUCGGCGACGGCCUUCUACAAGGCCCAGACGGUCAUCGACUUCAUGUGCGAGGUGCUACAUCUGCACAACGUCAGUCAACGCCCUCUCACGGACUCCCAGCGAUUUGAGCUCACCAAGGAGAUCAAGGGCCUCAAGAUUGAGGUCACCCACGGCCGCACGCCCCGCAAGUACCGCGUCUGCGACGUCACCCCCAUGACUGCCCAUCGCCAGACGUUUCCGUGGCAGUUGGAGAAUGGCGUAACAGUCGUUUGUACAGUGGCCGAGUAUUUCCUGAGGAGGUACGAGAUGAAACUGAGGUGCCCGCAGCUUCCCUGCCUUCAAGUAGGUCCGGAGCACAGGAAAGCCUACCUGCCCCUCGAGGUCUGCAAUAUUGUGGCUGGUCAGAGGUGCACCAAAAAGCUCACUGACAUGCAGACAUCGAUAAUGAUUAGAGAAAGUGCGCUGUCCGCCCCGGACCGGGAGGACCAAAUCAGCAACCUGGUGCGCCACCCGAACUUCAGCAUGGACCCGUACGCGCAGGAGUUUGAUGUUUCUAUCAGCGACACUAUGAUGAAGGUGAAGGGCCGCGUCCUGCCUCCUCCAAGGCUGUUGUGUGGAGGCUCGACCCAGCGGCAGGUGGUACCCAGGCGGGGGGUGUGGGACAUGCGGGACAAAGAGUUCUACCUGAGCGCCGAGUUAAAGACCUGGGCCCUCACCUGCUUUGCUUCACCGCGAAGGUGCGCAGAGGAUACGCUGCGCAUCUUCACCAAGCAGCUGCACACUAUCGCCAAUGGCACUGGCAUGCGCAUGAAUGACCAGCCCUGCGCCUACGAGUAUGCCAGGGAGACCGACGAGGUCGAGGCCGUGUUCCGACGCCUCAUGUCCGACUUCCCGGGUCUGCAGCUCGUCGUCGUCGUGCUGCCCGGCAAGACACCCAUUUACGCCGAGGUCAAGCGAGUCGGGGACACGGUGCUGGGCAUGGCCACGCAGUGCGUCGACGUGAAAAACGUCACGAGAACGACCACGCAGGCUCUGUCCAAUAUGUGCCUCAAGAUCAACUGCAAGCUGGGCGGCAUCAACUCCAUCAUCGAUCCCGGAACGCGACCCAAGGUGUUCGAAGAGCCGGUCAUCUUCAUCGGCGCCAGCGUCACUCGCUCGCCGCCUAGCGACAACAGGAAGUUCUCCAUUGCGGCGGUGGUGGGCAGCGUGGACGGUCACCCGAGCCGAUACGCGGCCACCCUGCGAGUACAGCAGCACGACCAAGAGAUCAUACAGGACCUCGCAUCAAUGGUUAAGGAGCUGCUGCUCCUCUUCUACAAGUCUACGAAAAUGAAGCCAGUGCGCAUCGUCAUCUACAGAGACGCCGUCUCUGAGGGCCAGUUUGGGCACUUGCUGACCCAAGAAAUACUGGCGGUUCGCGAGGCGUGCCUCAGGAUCGAAACGAGCUACAAGCCGGGAAUCACGCUUGUCGCCGUUCAAAGGCGCCACCACACGCGCUUCUUCUGCGCCGACAAGAAGGGGCCGCCUGGCGGCAACAUUCCUGCCGGCACCACGGUCGACACGGACGUCACGCACCCCUUGCGGUUCGACUUCUACCUCUGCUCUCAUACGGGCAUCCAGGGGACGAGCCGCCCAUCGUACUACCGCAUGCUGUGGGACGACAACUGCCUCUCUCCAGAUGAGCUGCACAAUCUCACCUACCAGCUGUGCCACACGUACUUGCGCUCCACGCGCUCAGUUUCGGUACCCGCGCCGACUUACUACGCGCAGCUGGUGGGUCACCGUGCCCGAUACCACGUUACCAACAGCCAUGAAGGCAACGGGGACGUCCAGGAGGCGGUGGCACUUCCGACCAUCCAUCCUCAUACGUGCAACACAAUGUACUUCAUUUGA